UCACAUUGAAUGAAAGAGAGGUUUAAACCCAGCGGGAUCUCAAGACAUGUCUGGAAAUAUCACGCACGAAGCAUGCGAGAGAAUCAACCUGAACUUUACGCACGCCUUCCUACCGGCUGGGUUUAUCACUGUGUUCGUUGUCGGGACGCUGUCCAACAUCUGGGGGCUCAAGAGUGUGUACACCAGCUGGAACAAAAUCGGAAGCAUUAACAUCUUCAUGUUCAACCUAGGGGUUGCGGACCUGCUGUACCUGUUCACCCUGCCGUUUCUCAUACACUAUUACGCAAGAAACAGCAGCUGGCAGUUCGGUCAGACUUUUUGCAAAGUGACCCGCUUCUGCUUCAACCUCAACCUGUACGGCAGCAUCGGCUUCCUCACCUGCAUCAGCAUCUACAGGUACUUGGGUAUUGUGCACCCUAUGAGGGUGAUGGGAAAAAUCACCAGCUGCCACUCGCUGGCCAUCAGCGCCUUGGUCUGGCUUCUCGUCAUUAUCCAGAUCCUCCCUGAUAUGUUCUUCGACAAGAAUGAUCACAAAUCCCCUAACUCGUGCUACGACACCACGUCGGACGAGCUGAUCCGAGGAUACCUGCCGUACAGCAUCGGCUGGGCCGUCACAGGGUUUGCCAUACCGUUGCUUAUCAUUUUACUGUGUUAUGGACACAUCGUUGUGGUUCUUGCCAGAAAAGCCAACGUCAACUCUCUGCUGAAGCAGCGGUGUUUGAGACUGGUCGUGAUUCUCGUGAUUCUGUUCUCCGUCUGUUUCAUUCCAUACCACGUCUUUCGAAAUGUUAACUUGAAAACCAGGAUUUUGAAACAGAGUGGGAUUUGUCACCCCAGUUUCGACGGCAUCUACAUUGCGCAUCAGGUCGGCCGAUUCCUCGCUUGUCUAAACAGCGCAAUAAACCCGCUGAUUUAUAUCGUUGGGAAUGAUGAUUUCCUUUUGAAGCUUCAGCACCUCAGCAAGCGGGCCCGGCUGUCUCUGGCAGGCCUGACAGGCGCAGUCCUUUACCGCAGACCGAUUGACGCGGACGCGGAUUCACCGUCAGACACCCGCGUUAACUCCGACCUGAUGAAUGGAUAAGACGCACGAAUGUUUCACCCGACAUACAGUUCCGUCCCUGCGUAUCAUGCACCGCCAGAACGUCCACAUUUCCUGGAACAAAGUACAGCUUACAAUAAUGACCGAUGAUUUGCAAGAUAAUAACCCAAUUAUCUAGCAGAGCCAUAGUCAGAAGGUCACCAAGUUGUCUACGCAUAGAGAAUAUCAGAUGUCCUGCUGGAGGAUUUUCUUUGUUUCUGCUGAACAUUAUUACAAAAGACAGAACUUGUUAUUUCCAGCUGAAGCUUAUGUUAGCAUGAUCACUAUUGUACUAAGGUGCUGUCCUUGUGUUACUGUGAUUGUGCGUUUAAUAAUCAGAUCUGUCCUGUGAUUGCUUUUCUUCUGUACAGUGCAAGAAAAGUCCAUGUUUUAAAACACAUGUAUUGUGCCCUAGCCUAUAUAGCACUACCUUUGCACUGUUGCUGCUGAAGCAUGGUUUGUGUUGCCCAUGUUUAACUCAGAUUCCAUCCUUAAAGGCUUUUGAAGAGAGGCAUGUUUAACUGUCAAAGUGGCCAUUCCACAGCUCUUCAUUUUGCACAUUUGUUUAGUGAUAAAUUGACACGAGUUCAACAAAGUCUCAAAGUGGAAGAAAUACUCAAAACCUCAAAUUUGCUGUAAAAAGUCUUGUAUGUUUAAAUGUGUACUUAAAUAAAAGUAAAGAAGUAUUAUCAAAAAAGUGUACUAAACUAUCAUGAAUUAUAGUAAUUAUUAUGCAGAAUGUCACCUGGGAUACAUUAUUAUAUAGUAUUGGGAGAUUAUUUUUACUGAUGAAUUACCAUGUAAGGUGAAAUUAAUAGAUGAUUUUGGAGGCUGUAGUUUGUGCUGCUGUUGUCUUAUACAGAGGUGUUUCUGUUAUUUUGUCCACCACAUUUAUAUCAGUUAGGGUAGGCUAACACAGCCCUUGUUGCAUGACGGUCUUUUCAGACCUCCGCGACACGGCUACUUCUGGUUUAGAGAUUGGCUAACUUGAAUGGGAAUUUAAUGAUGUUAUUGUGCAGCUCUUCUAGACUUUCCAAAUGUUAUCUGACCGAAUGGAUCAAAUUCUGACAUGAAAUGUCUGAAAUGAGUCAUUUUGCGGGGGUUGUGAAGCUCGAAAAAAUCUAUCCACUGAUUUACAGACAUUUUGUUAUUAGUCCAUGAGAAAAAGUAUUUUUGGGCCAGAGGGCAUCAGGUAAAAGGCCGGGUGCUGCAAUUCCACUGUUUGUCUGUUAUGUUCAGUUUGCUUCAAAGCCCAGCGUACUUCCUGCGUAUGUGGGUGAGUGUGUGCGUGCGUGUGUUACUAA